GAGAGAGAGAGGAGAGAAGAUAAUUGGGAGAGAGGGCGGAGAGGGGUGAGAUGGUGGGCGGCGGCGGCGAGGAAAAUGAAGAUCGGGCGGCGCGUGUGCGACUGGGGAAGUACGAGCUGGGGAAAACUCUGGGGCAUGGGAACUUCGGAAAGGUCAAAUUAGCUAUCAAUUUUGAAACGGAUCAGCCUUUUGCUGUCAAGGUCCUCGACAAGACCAAGAUCAUCGACCUCAAUAUCUCCGAUCAGUUUAAAAGGGAAAUACGGACGCUGAAGCUUCUCAAGCAUCCAAAUAUAGUGAGGCUACACGAGGUGUUGGCCAGUAAAAGCAAAAUUUACAUGGUUCUCGAGUAUGUGAACGGGGGAGAAUUGUUUAAUAGAAUCGCAUCCAACGGGAAGCUGUCGGAAGAUCGAGGUAGAAAAAUCUUCCAACAGUUAAUUGACGGUGUGAGUCACUGCCAUUGGAAAGGCGUUUACCAUAGGGAUCUUAAGCUUGAGAACAUAUUGGUUGAUGCGAAGGGAAAUAUUAAGAUAUCUGAUUUUGGCUUAAGUGCAUUACCCGAGCAUUUAAGGAAUGAUGGCUUGCUUCACACCACGUGCGGAAGCCCAAACUACGUGGCACCUGAGAUUCUAGCUAACCGAGGGUAUGAUGGUGCGGCCUCUGAUGUUUGGUCUUGUGGGGUUAUCUUAUACGUAAUUCUUACUGGAUCGCUUCCUUUCGAAGAUAGAAAUUUGUGCGUCCUUUACAAUAAGAUCUUGAAGGGUGAAACGCAGCUACCCAAAUGGCUAUCACAAGGGGCUCAAAAUUUGAUCAAAAGGAUUCUUGAUCCUAACCCUAUUUCUCGGAUAACUAUGGCAAGUAUCAAAAUGGACGAGUGGUUUAGAAAGGAUUACAAUCCAGCCUACCUUGACGAUGACGAGGAGGAUAUAAACACUCAAAGUGAGGCCAUCCCGACGCAUCAAGAGCCAUCUUAUCUCGAGGAAAGGAGUCCGAGAUCUCCCACGACUAUAAACGCUUUUGAACUGAUUGGAAUGUCAUCAUGUCUAGAUCUUUCAGGCUUAUUUGAGAAAGAGGAUAUUUCUGAGAGGAAGAUUAGAUUUACAACCAUUCACUCAGCCAAAGAAGACAUCCUCAAUCGGAUGGAGGAUCUUGUCAAAGAAAUGGGGUUUCUUGUCCACAAGAAAGAAGGAAGGUUGAAAGUAAUGAGAGAGCACAAGGGGCAGAAUGGUGUGGCCAUUAUACUUUCAGUAUCAGCAAAGGUUUUUGAGAUAAGCCCUUCACUAUAUGUUAUAGAAUUAAGAAAGGUGCAAGGAGAAUCAUCUUCAUAUAGACAGCUAUGUAAAAUAUUAUCAAGUGAUUUAGGCAUCCCGUCGAGACAGGGCUCAGUGAUGGCAAGUGGCUAAUAGACUAUGGUCGUCUAUAUAUUUGUUAUUUGUGGGAUCACACAGAAAAUUGUAAUUUUAAUUAUAAAAU